AUGAGUUCUAUCUCUGAAUCAGGUGGCGAUGGAGAUGCCACACCAAAUUCUUUGGACACUAAGCGUUCAACAACCGUGUACAGAACACUUCUUCCAAAGGCUCACUCCACGCAUCAAGCUUUCAUACUUAGACCUGUUCCGUUUACUGAACCCCAAGUCGAACAAGUUCCUAUCCCGUCUCUACUGCCUGGAAGUGUUAUUCUGCGUAUCCUCGCAACUCCGCUCCACCCAUACAGCAAGCAAGUCUUUGGCUUUUACAACCCUAACGGAUCUCCUCACGAAAAACCAUGUAUUCCCGGCUCAAGUGCAAUUGCCCGUGUGAGCCAGGUCGGUGACGAUGCGAUCAGUCUGAAGGUUGGUCAACUAGUCUUCUUUGACCCAGUGAUGAAAGGAAGAGAUAGCCCAGAGACGGUUCGAUUUCCCAAUCCUGUACAUCAUGGGUUUGACGUCCAAAGCACGAGAAUGAUAGCCUCUAGCGGCUUCGCAGAUGGCUCAUAUGCCGAGCUUAUGAGGGCGCCACUUGAGAAUUGCUAUCCGCUGGAUGAGGCUAAGUUGAUGGGAGAUCCGAUGAAUUGGGGCUUUGCAUAUACCCCAGAGCAGCUUUGUGCGAUUGCCACAUUCCUCAGACCUUUUGGUGGACUGGCUAACAUUGAUGUGAAGCCUGGUGAAGCGAUAUUGAUUUCUCCGGCCACUUCUCCAAAGGGCGUUGCUGCCUGCAUGGUUGCUUUGGCUAUGGGUGCGAGAGUUGUAGCUUGCUGUCACAAUGAGGCUAAGCUCCUACAUCUCAAUCAGACGCUAGCACGCACUCGCAACGGUUCUGACGAAAGGAUCUCCACGGUAACCUGGACAGGCGACUGUACAAAAGAUGUCCUCAAUAUUCAAACUUUUGGUGCUAUGGACGCGUUCCUCGACAUUUCCCCUCCAGGAGCCCGAGGAUCUUCCCAUCUCGAAUCCGGCAUUCUGUCGCUCAGGCCCGGAGGCCGGGUGGGUCUGAUGGGUGCAUAUAAGCGGAUUGAGAUUCCACAUCAGUUUGUCAUGCGUUGCAAUAUCACAUUGAAGGGGAACUGGAUGUAUGAGCGAAAGGAUGCUCUUGCAUUGAUCAAAAUGGUGGAGAGGGGGAAUCUUCGCCUGAAAGAAGAGGACGGAUGCUAUGUUGUCGGCCAAUUCCGUCUGUAUCAAUGGAAGGAGGCUAUGGUAGCGGCUAGUCAGCUCAAUGGUAUUGGAGAAAGCGUUGUGUUUUCUUUCUAG